AUGAAUCAGAAAUGCUCUGGCUUUUGGCAAGGUCUACACGAAGCGUACUGUAACUGUUUUCAAUCAUGAGUUGUCAGACUUUGAGUGCUCUGACGCAUUUGUUAACCGAGGUUAACGAAUCGGUAGAAGAAUGGAAAGAGAGUAGUCAUAAAAUGGAAAAGAAUCGCGACUAUUGGCGUAAGAAGGCUAUAAAUCUCGAAAAGAAAUUGUAUUGCAAACAAUGUCUGAGUCGACAGAAAGAGGUGGAAGAUUUACACGACGGUGAAACGAUGGAACUUUGUGCAGAAUGCGCAGAACGAUUACAUUCGAGAACGGACACGCAAGAACGUCUAAAGUUUCUUGAGACGCAAAUCAAACAUUGGCAGAAUUCGUCUGCUUUUGAAAGCACCAGAUAUCUGACGCUCUUGUAUAAGAUUCACUGUGAGGAUUGCAAAAGCGACAUAAAUAGAUACGAUCAAUACUGCGCUCAAUGCGUGCGUUCGGUCGACGAGAGUAAACACGAAAUCGAGUACUGGAGAAAGGCGUACGAGACGUUAUUGGAAAAAUAUUAUCAAGAACCACGCAACGUCGUAGAUGACUGAAGAAUACCUCAUGGUGAAGCCCGAACAAUUCCAACGACUCGUUCAAUAUUACAAAGGGCAAAUUACGGACAGUGCCUUACUAAACAAAGCAGGUCGUGUCGCUGCCGAAGAGCAAAUUAUUGUAAACAAUCCAAAGAUGCCUGACGCUAUAGCGAAUCAACAGACUAGAGAAAUGUUACAAGAACGUAGACGAUUGACGAAACGAUUAAGAGAUAUUCCAAGUGUACCCACGGCCGAUUUGGCAGAUGUAGAGUCUGAAGAAAGUGCCAUGACAGAAGGAAUUGUGGAAAAUUUACUCAAACGCAUGGCAAAGAAACAGAAGAAAAAACUGCAAGAUGAAAUUGCGCCCCUCAAGACACCCAAGAAGGAAAUUCCCGCUCCUGGAACCUCUAAAAUACCAGCGCGCAUAAAGAAAUGA